AAUAUAUCCAAUCAAAUUAUUAUCUUAAACAUUAAAUAACAAUAAUUAUAUUUUUUUUGUUUACAUGCUUGGAAAAUAAAUUUAAUUAUUAGAAAAAGUAUUUUACACUACGUUCAAAGCUGUGCACCAAGGGGUGGUAAACAAUGGCUUCAAUCAAAACAACCACCAACAAGUACAAUAACAAAUGACUUUUCAAAUAUGGAAACAUUGACACGAUGUGUUGGAUCAACAACGAGAAUUCAACAUGCAAGAGUCAUUCAAAAAGAAGUUACGAGACUUUUAUUAGCAUCAAGGGAAAAUCUUCUUAAUGACAUUGCAGACUUGGCAAGACUAUUGCCAUCAUGGGAACAACGUGAUCUAGAAAUUGCUGAACGAAAACGCAAGGAGGCCACAAAGUUAAUCGACUCAGAGGAUGUUGAUAUUGCUCAACUUUGUGCACAAAAUAUUGUUCUUUGGAAUAUAUUUCUUGAGGCAUUUACAAGACAAGAAGUUAUACAACAACAUUUAGCAAGAAUUCAUCAUCAACUCAGAGUCAAAAGAUUUGCCGAAGGUUUUUUUGUAUUAGAAAAUCCAAGAAUGUCAGCAGCUGGUUGUUACGAUGCAAAUUAUCAAAAUUAUCAAGCUGUAAGUGAAGCUGCUAGAAGAUCACGUUACUUAGCUGCUUUACCACCACUUCCAGUUCAUUGUCCUGAAGUUGAUGGUGAUAUUAAUUCAUUGCCACUUAUUUUUGAGGAUCAAUAUUCAGAUAUGCAACAGAGACAUCGAAAUAGUGUACCAACGAUGGAAGAUUGCAGCUGUGGAAUUUCUGGAAUUAUAGAAUCAAAAACAUCAAGUGUAUGGUCACCAAGAAGUGAAGGAGCUGUUCAGGAUUUAUCAAUGAUACAAGCACGUUUUGGUUUGGCACCAUCAGCAUUACCAGCACGUCACAGUAAAUCAUUGGAUCAAUUGGGACCAGAAAUACCACAAUUAAUACAGCCAACAUCACCAAAAACACUUCCAAGAUCAGCAUCAACACAAUUAUUUAGUAAACAACGUGCUGGAAGAAAUAUAACACCACCAACAUCAGUACCAUCAAAAAGCAGAUCAAGAUCACAGGCACCACUUCAUACAGCAAGAAGUACAACUUUAUAUCCACCCUCGGGUCAGCAGCUGGCUUCCUCAGCACCGAAUCCAUCAUUAGGUUUUACACCAGUGGCAACUCUUCCACGAGCAAAAUCAACGCAAAUAUUAGUAGAAAAUUCAUAUCAACGUUAUAAUAAUUCAGAUGAAAAUUUAGAUCGUCCAUCAACAUCAAUAACAUCAUUAUUAGCAGCAAUGUUUCCAGAGUUAUCAACGACAUCUGAAUUGCCUGGUUAUAAACCUUCAAAAAAACAACAACAAAAUCUUCAAGUACCAAGUUACAUUGGUGAAUUUGAUUUAUCUCAACUUUGUAUUAGUGAUAAAAAUGAAGUAAGUACAACAUUAGAUAGCAGAAGAUUACGUUUAGAACCAAGAAGUCAUCAUUUAUAUCCAAUUAAUUGUAAUCAAUUAACUAAUGUUAAUAAUAAAAAACCACAAAAUGGUGAAAGUGAUGUUAAUCAAUCACUUCGUACAGCAACAUUAGAUAGAGCAACUUAUCGUGGAAAUUCUAAAAAAAAUAAUCAAGGUAUCGUUGAUAAAUUUACAGUAGAUAAUAAUUCAGAUACAAGAAGAUAUCAUACAUUGGGAAAAACAAGUACAACUGGUGCUUAUAAAACAACAAUUAAAAAUCAAGAAAAAAAAUAUUCUUUAACAAAUGGAAUACAAGAAAAUGUAUCAACAUAUUCCCUACUUGUUGAUCCUCUAAAUAAAAGAUUUAACAAUACAUAUGGUGGUCUUUCAGAUACAUUUUUUUGUCCGCCAAAUGGUGUAAAUUCAGGGCUUCAAGAUAACAAACCAAAACGUCCAAAAAGUACUGAAAGAUUAUUUGAUGUUGAUCAUGGAAUUGAUUGUUGUCAAGAUAAUGAUUUAAAAAAUAUUUAUGAAAGCAAAGUAAUAUGGGAACCAAGAAUAAAUAAUGGAUUAAUAAAUGAUGAUAAUAAAGUACGUAGACAUGAUAAAAAAAAUGAUGUAUCAAGAGAGCCACUCUAUGAAAUAAUAGCAUUAAAAGUUGAAAAAAAAAAUGAUAAUAAAAGAGGAAGAAGACCACAUUCAGCACCAGCAAUUGAUGAUGAUGUUAUUAUUAAAAAUGAUAAAACUAUUAAAAGAUGUUCUCAUAGAGCUAGAAAAACAUUAACACCAUACAAAGAUGAUGAAAUUGUAUCAUUGCCAAAAUUUAGAAUGACACAAAUUCAAAAUAAUCCAAAAAAUAUACAAGAAAAUGAUAAUACAAAUAAAUUAAUAAUUAAAAAUGAUAAUUUAGAAGCUACAACAAUUAUAACACCAGUAUCUGAUGAAUCAAGUCCUGGCUUAGCACCACCAACAUCAAAAAGAUUAAGAUGUGCAAGUGUUCCUGUUGAACAAACUAAAGUUGUUGUACCAAGAAGUGCUGUGUCAUUACCAUGUAUGCCAAUUCGUGAUGCAAAAUAUUAUCAAAAUGAUGAAAAAAAAAUUAUUACACCAAAAAGUCCAACUUCAUCAAGACCAAGUAGUCCAGCAACAAGUUCAGAUUCUGGUAAUUUAACAUCAGAGUGUUCUGGAUGGGUUAGCAGUGGUGAUACAUCAAGUUCAGAACAAAAAAAAAAUGACACAACAAGGGGAGAUAAAUUUAAUCAACGCUUGACAAAAAUUCCACCAAAAAAAGAUAAAAAAAAUAAAUUAAAAUUAAAUAAUAAUAAUGAACAUUCAUAUGAAGAAGUUAGAUUACCACCACCAAAAAUGUUUCAAGAUGAACCACCACCACCAGAAGCAUUUCGUGAUCCAGCACCAGUGCCAAUGAUUGAUAAUCCGUUGUAUCAUGUUUAUGAAACAGUUAGAAGAGCUAAAAGUCCAAAACAAAAUAAAACAGCUCCAUGUAGUCCACAAAGAAAUCGUGAUAAAUAUGAAAGAGAUAAUAUUUAUACUAGUAGAGAUUUUUGUCUUGAUUGUUAUCAAGAAGGUAAAGAAAUUCUUCAAUCAACACAAGAUGAUGUUAUUAAUUUUAAAAAAUGUAAAGAAGAUUUUAAAAGACAAAUGAAUUUUUCUGGUAAAAUUUAUAGGUUUUUUGAUGCAACUCACAGUGAUUAUUCGGGUAUGGCAACAAGUCUACCAUAUUUUUACAUAAGUGAUGAGUAUCGUUUAUUUUCACCUGAGGGUCCACAUCUUAUUAUUUGUGUACAUGGUCUUGAGGGUAAUGCUGCUGAUCUUAGACUUGUUAAAACUUAUAUGGAACUUGGUUUGCCUGGUGCACAUCUUGAUUUUCUUAUGUCCGAAAGAAACCAGGGAGAUACAUUUUCUGAUUUUGACACAAUGACUGAUCGUUUGGUUGAAGAAAUAUUACAUCAUAUUGAUACAUCAGGUUUAAAUCCAAAAAAAGUUAGUUUUAUUGGUCAUUCAUUGGGAAAUAUUAUCAUCAGAAGUGCAUUAACUAGGCCACAAUUGAGACCAAUUUUACCAAGAUUACAUACAUUUUUAAGUUUAAGUGGUCCACAUCUUGGUACCCUGUACAAUACCAGUGGCCUUGUAAAUGCUGGCAUGUGGUUUAUGCAAAAAUGGAAAAAAUCUGGUUCAUUAUUGCAACUUGCAAUGAAAGAUUCAUCAGAAGUUAGAAGAUCAUUUAUGUUUCGUUUGAGUCAACGAAGUAAUCUUCACAGAUUUAAACAUGUUUUACUUUGUGGAAGUGCACAAGAUCGUUAUGUACCACUUCAUUCAGCAAGAAUUGAAUUAUGCAAAGCUGCUGUACGUGAUCCAACUGAUCAAGGAUCAGCAUACAGAGAAAUGGUUCACAAUAUAUUAUAUCCAGUAAUGUCAACACCAGGUGUUAGUCUUGUUAGAUAUGAUGUUCAUCAUGCACUUCCACCAACAGCCAAUGCUCUCAUUGGACGUGCAGCUCAUAUUGCUGUUCUUGAUUCUGAACUUUUUAUUGAAAAAUUUCUUCUAGUCACGGGACUCAAGUACUUCAGAUAAAAAUAAUUUGUCUUUUUUUUGUUUUUAAAUAGAAAAAAAUUAUCAUUAAUAAAAGCACGAACUUUUUUAAUAUCACUGUUAUUUUACUUUAAUUUUUUUAUUCACGUUAAUCAAUUUUAAAAAUUAUAUUUAAAAAAAUUUAAAUUUCGAUAAUGCUUCGAUUCUCCGUGUUAAAUUAAUUCUCAAAAUAAAAAAGCUCAAAUGUUACAGUUAAACAAAAGACUUAAAAAAAAAAAAAAUAAUAAUAAAUUUAAAAAUAUGUAA